CUCCACCAAAUCUCCAACUAUAUAAGACCUCUCUCAUUCCUCUGCUGACUUUCCCUUCUCCCUCAUCAUCAACAACUUCCACUCCUUCAAGCACAUUACAUUCCCUCAGCACACAUCACACUCUCUACACUACAACAAACCACAAGCUCAACACUCUUUUCAAGAUGUUCUCCAAGCUCUUCCUCUUCGCUCUUCCCCUCGUCUUCGCAGCUCCAGCUGUCAAGCGCACCGAGGGCGACAUCACCUUCUACACCCCCGGCAAGGGCGCCUGCGCUGGAACCCACGGCGUCGACGACAUGGUCGCUGCCGUUGGUGCCAACCUCUACGACACUCAGGAUGUCUGCGGCAAGACCAUCACCCUCCAGGGCGAUGCUGGUACCGUGACCCUCACUGUCGUCGACCGCUGCGAGGCCUGCAAGGACACCGACCUCGACGUCUCACCUGCUGCCUUUGAGCAGGCUAUCGGACCCAAGGACAUUGGACGCAGCAAGGGAACUUGGGUUUUCGCUUAAGUACCAACACUCUUUUCAUGAGAUCACGACCUUUGGGACGACUCAAAGACUUUCUCUUCUCGUACACAAGUUUUACCACGGCCGAACAUAAGGGAGGCAUUUUGACGGAGACACGAAUGAUGAACUGCUAGCAUUAGCAAGGCGAAACGGAACGAACCCAAUACAGUUCGGUUAACUCA